AUGAUGAUGAGGACGCUCAUUCUGACGUUGGCCGUGACGUCACUGUCAGUCUACUGUCAGGAAAAUCCCGCCAAAAAUGUCGUCUGCUACUAUUCUUCGUGGAGCCAUUACCGUCAAGGUCUGGCCUAUUACGAAGUCGAGGACAUCCCCGUCGACCAGUGCACUCACGUGAUCUAUGCUUUUGCCAUCCUGGACAGAGAUUCGCUAACUCUGCGUCAGCAAGACGAAUUUGCUGACUCCGACAGCGGACUGAAGGCCUACCGGCGCUUCUUCACGCUGAGGCAACGCAACCCUGGUGCCAAGCUGCUCCUGGGACUGGGAGGUUGGCACGACUCGCGCUCAGACAAAUACUCCCGUCUGGUCUCCUCUCCUCUGGACAGAGAAGUCUUCAGUCAGCAAGCCGUCAAGUUCCUGACCCAACACGGAUUUGACGGACUUGACCUCAACUGGGAGUUCCCUGCUUACCAAGGGUCUGGGAUGGACAAGGAAGGAUUCCGACUCUGGGUGAAGCAGCUGAGGAAGGCAUUCAUCCCUCAGAACUUGCUCCUGACAGCAACGGUGUCUGGCCACAUUGGUAUAAUAGACCGUGGUUACGCAGUGAAAGCUAUAGCCGAGGACCUUGACCUCAUCAACCUCAUGGCCUAUGACUUCCAUGGUCCCUGGGAGCAGAAAGUAGCUCACCAUGCCCCUCUGUACCCAGUCCCUGGGAAGCACCCUCAACUCUCUGUCGACUUCGCCGUCAAGCACUGGGUCGAAAGUGGCGCCGCACCGAGCAAAAUAAUGUUGGGAAUCUCUUUUUAUGGAAGAUCUUGGACGCUGGCAGGUCCUGACAAGUUUCCUGGGGCACUUGCAUCAGCAGCAGGACUUCCUGGGCCUCUUCUGAAGGUCCCAGGGACAUCGGCCUAUUAUGAGUUGUGUUUGGCCGAAAACCACUACGACUGGCCCAAGUUUACGAGAGACGGCGGAACUUUCCUGACUCUCUACGAUCAGUGGAUUAGUUUUGAUGACAUUGAUGACAUCAGGAACAAGGCCAAAUAUGUCCUUGAGGCUGAGUUAGGGGGCGUUAUGGUCUGGGAUGUUAGUCUGGAUGACUUCAGAAACCUCUGUGGGGAUGGUGUCAACCCUCUGCUGUCGGCCAUUACCAGCGUACUGUGGAACAACGGAACACGGAACAGGUUACCCAACCCUGAUAGCGUCUUGCAGAAUACCACAAUCCCACCUGCUGUAGUUCGACUUGAAACUGAACCUGACAGAUCUCUUGUUUCUCCAGGGACUCUCUUGGCAUCUGACUUGAACGAGAUACCACCCAUCACAGGUGUUUCCAUCCCUGACUUUUCACUCGCUGUACCGGAUGAAAUCACCAACACACAAGUCCAGAGCCAAACCAUUGUUGUAGCCCUCUUCCAGCCAAAUCUCCAGACUCAAUCAACUCGUUUGGAGGCUAACCCAAGUCUUAUUGAUCAGAUCUAUCAAUUAGGACCUCUUGAAACAGCAGCUGAUUAUCCAACAACGUUAUUGGAAGCAAAAGUAACUGAUAAGCCAUUAAUAUUGUCAGAGAAAGUGGAAACUACCUUUACGUUACAGUUACACAGCAAUUUCGUCACUUCAGAUCGUGUUCUUCUCCAGCCAGAGGGUAGUGGUGCCCUUACAGGUCCCCCAGUGUACCAGCCAUCGACGAACUUAGCCACAGAAGUUUAUCCAAGCCAAGCACUGUUCAUGACAAUCUUACCACCAUUCCUCCUGUCUUCAGUCGCUUCAACAAAAUCUACAAAUCUGGCUGGCCAGUCAUACAGAAUAAAGACAUUUGAAGACGUGAUUACUCCAUCAAGAACCCAUUUCACUCAGAGAACAUCUUCUUCAUCUUCCCCGACAGAAAACAUCCGAACAGAAGGUGCCUUGACAACCAGUCUGCUGCCUUCAGGCACAACCUUUCAAGAGCUGGAAGCUUCAUUCUCUCACCAUCCAACCGAGACACUGGAAAUCAAGCCUUCUCAUCGUACAUCGUCAUCAGGCAUCCGCAGAACAGAACCGGUCUACAGUUACGAGCUUUCACCUCCGCCAAACGAAAGCUCAGCAACUGCUUCUAAAAUGCCAACGCUAUACCCUAUCUCCUUCCCCAUGAAGAUCAACACAACUGAAUGCCAAAGGACCGGGUAUACCAGUGACCCAACCAGCUGUUCGCACUUCUACAGGUGUCACGGGAACAGAGCGUUUCGGUUCCAGUGCACUGAGCAGACGCACUGGAAGCAGGAGCUCUUGGUCUGCGACUGGGCCUACAAGAAAUUCUGCAAGAAAGCGCGCUCGCUGGCCCAGCCGUCAAGCCAUACGCCGAUGCGUGAUGGCGACGAGAUCUUCUAUGAUCAGGCUACAGGAGCCAUAGGAUACUUCAGCCAUUACAUUCGUCCCGCCAUGUAUACCGCGGACGAAAUCCCAACGGAGAUGUGCACUCACGUCAUCUACUCCUCCGCCAUAUUGGAUAGAGAUACGUUGACGGUCGCUGAAAGAGACAGUUACCUGGACCCUGAUAACGGUCUCGGCAAUUACAGACGGUUCCUGCAACUCAGGCGUAGGAACCCCAAAGUUAAGUUACUCCUCGGGCUGGGUGGGUGGACUGACUCCAACUCAGCCGAGUACUCCCUGAUGGCGUCCAGCUACAGUAGCCGAGCUAACUUUGUCGUCCACGCUGUGCGUCUCCUGAAAUCGUACGGGUUUGAUGGCCUAGACCUAGACUGGGAAUAUCCGUCCGACAAAACCUCACCUCAAGAGAAGAUUGAAUUUCGUCUGUGGAUUGAAGAGUUGCGCGCAGCUUUCGACCAGAACGACCUACUUCUGACAGCUGCAGUACCUGCUGGGAGGAACGUUACUGAUGAAGUCAGGGCCAUAGCCACAGCUUUGGACCAAAUACACAUCAAGGCCUAUGACUUCCACGGGUCUUGGGAGGACGAAGUAGCUCAUCACGCACCACUCUUUCCUCUCCAAUCAGGAAAGCCUGAGGAGCUAUCAGCUGAAUCAGUCGUCAAUCAAUGGAUUGACAGGGGUGUCUCACCUCAGAAACUGAUCCUAGGAGUCCCUUUCCACGGGAGGUCGUGGACGCUGGCCAGAACUAAUACGUCUCCUGGAGCACUGGCAAAGGGUGCUGGUAAGCCUGGAAGAUUCGUCAACGAGUCUGGAAUACUGGCUUAUUAUGAGAUAUGUUACGCACACGAGCAUGACAGGUGGCAGAAGGUUUCUAAUCCUGGAGGUCCGUACGUAGUCAAAGACCACCAGUGGGUUAUCAAAGAGGAUGUCGAAGUCAUAUCAGCCAAGGGUGAUCAGUGGGUUGGCUAUGAUGAUACAGAAGCUGUCACAAAGAAGAGCGACUACGUCAAGACGAAAGGCUUGGGAGGUAUCAUGAUAUCAGACAUAACCAUGGAUGACUUUCGGGGCAUGUGCAGAGGUGGUCCUAACCCUCUGACAAUGGCCAUUUACAAGACUCUACAAAAAGAAGCAGCUGCCAGUACCAAUAACGUUAGACCUCUCAACAAACCAUCUACCAAAAGACCAGCGCACCAGAAACCCAAAUUGCCAGUUCAGCGGCAAUCUGCAAAGCCGUUCCGCGAACCAAUCAAUCCAUUGCCUGCUUUGGAUGUGGAAGAAUGCUUGCGAGUGGGCUACACGCCUGACAAAAAGAGCUGCAAGCAUUUCUAUCGCUGCGUUGGCAGAGACGUAAACCACUAUCGCUGUCCUUCUGGGCGUUCUUGGAAUCAGACGCAGAGAGGGUGCAUCUUGCAGAUGGAGAAUUCGUGUAGAAGCAAGCCCCUGUUAUGAGAAGGCUAAUGGAAGCGGUCUUCUUAGACUAAUGGAAUAACUCUAAUCGAAGCUUUCCUGUACCUGGAGUCCAACUGGAGCUUUCCUGAACUUUAUAUUGAUACUUUUCUGUGAUAGCACUCGGAAUGAAGCCAAAGUAUUCUGUAUAUAUAUUGAACUACGCUGUUUUUUCCAUUUGUCCAUCCGCCUGUGGUGGUCGCGCAUAGUAACACUGCGUCCCGGGCUUUAAAUAGUUAUGCUAUGUGCAAGUUUUAGGUAAAUAAAAGGAUAUCUUGGUGAAUAUUUGCAACUGAAAAGUGUUUUAAUAAUUUAUUGUAUGCGAAUUACACUGUUAAUAUUCGAAAUAGGAUAUUAUUUAAAGCCCGGGAUGCAGUGUUACC